AUGGAAAUAAAGUCAAUUGAGCUCACAGGUGAAGGAAAAAAGAACCCUGAAAUUCUUGUUUCAAUCGAUUCUUUCGGUAUUGAACCGUCGAUGGAGAUAGCAUCUCAUGGAAUAAAUGAAGAAUCAGGAACUGAUGCUGAGGUUUCUAACCAUGUUGAGAAGAAGCCUAACUUUAAUUCCAAAUACGGAAAAAAUGCAAUGGGUGAGGACUUGCCCUCUGGUAUUGUCCUUUAUACAUGUGCAUUCUCCCUUGCCUUAGCCAUUUUCUUGGCAGCUUUGGAUAUCAUGAUUGUCUCCACUAUUAUUGAAGAUGUAGCUAAAAAAUUCGGUGCAUAUUCAAAAACCGGUUGGAUUUUCGCCGGUUAUAGUUUGCCAAACGCCCUUUUAGCUUUAUUAUGGGGAAGAAUUGCAUCCAUUAUUGGUUUUAAAUCAUGUAUGCUAGCUGCCAUCAUUAUUUUUGAAAUUGGAUCAUUAAUCUCAGGUGUAGCUAACUCCAUGAAUAUGUUAAUAGGUGGAAGAGUCAUUGCUGGUGUCGGAGGUAGUGGUAUCCAAAGUUUGGCCUUCGUUAUCGGUUCUAAUUUGGUGGAUGAACGUAGACGUGGUCUUAUUAUUGCAUGUAUGAGUAGUGCAUUUGCUGUGGCAUCCGUUAUUGGCCCAUUCUUGGGUGGUGCUUUUACUACACAUGCAACAUGGAGGUGGUGCUUCUAUAUUAAUCUCCCUGUCGGUGGUGUUGCUUUUGCUCUAUUUGUUGUUUUCUACAAUCCACAACGAAAAUCAUUGGAAGGCAUUUCAAUAUUAUCCAGUUUAAAAGAAUUCUGCAAUACUUUAAGACAGAUUACUGUUAUAAAAAAUUUGAAAAACUGGCCAACUUGGAAAUCAAUCGUCUAUUCAUUAGUCUUUAGGUUUGAUAUUAUUGAAUUUAUCUUUUGCAGUGCAGGAUUCGUUUUAGUUCUACUUGCUUUCACGUUCGGUGGUAAUCAAUAUAAUUGGAGCUCAGCAUCAAUCAUUGUCAUGUUUGUCAUUGGUAUUAUCUUAUUAAUUGUUUCACUACUUUAUGAUUUUGUCAUAUUCCCAAGAUUCAAAGCCGUGAAAGAAAAUUCUUUAUACCAACCUCUAAUAAAAUGGUCAAUAUUUAGCCAUCCGGGUAUUUUUACUGCAAAUGCAGCUUUAUUUUUCGAAUGCACUGCAUACAUUUGCCAAACAGUUUACAUCAUUCAAUUCUUUCAAUUAGUUCGCGGUAACACUGCCUGGAAGGCUGCAGUUCAUUUAAUUGCCACUGUAGUACCCACUGUUAUUACGACGUUUAGUAGUGGUAUUGCAAAUUCCAAAUUCGGUUUAGUGAAACAUGUCACAUUUAUAGGUGUCGUCACAUCCUUGGUUGGUGCUGGUCUCUUAACUUUACUAGAUAAUAAUUCGUCAAGUGCCAAACACAUUGGAUUAUUAAUCUUGCCAGGUAUUGGUUUCGGCGCAACAAUGCAAAGUACAAUGAUUGGUGCCCAAAUUCAAUUAGAUAAGAAAGCUGUCACAUAUAGAUCUGACUUCAUCGCAGUUACAACGUUGAAUGCAUUCCUAAAAGGUGCUGGUCAAGCUCUCGGUGGUAUUAUAUGUGACACUGUGUUUAGUGCUUCCAUUGUUAAUAAAUUAAAUGCGAACGAUCUUCAUGUUCCCGGUGGUAACACCGUAAACAAUUUAAUUGGUUAUAGAGAUCAAAACUUUGACGGAACCGAUUCAUUAAUGAGCAAGUUGAUAAGUGAGUCCAUCAUUAAUGUGUUUUAUAUCGCGUUGGGUCUAGCUGCUUGUUCCUUCAUUUUUGGUGUCUUCACAUCUAAUAAGAAGGUUGAUGUUCGUAAGAGGCUAGUUGAUGAAGAAUCCCAAGAGCCUGAAAAAGAUUGA